AUGGACUUGAAUCUCGACAUCAACACCCUCAAUCUCUCUGCCUUCAACAACACUCUCAUGGCCCCAGACAUCGAUCUCAACAGCAUCGCCAUCAACAACAUCAACAACAUCGACAUUGACGCCAACGACGCCAACGACGCCAACACCAGCAACUACACCAACAACCCCAUCAACGACAACCGCUCCACGCUUCACAUCGACAGCAACAACUUGAACCACAUCUCCCCCUCUUCCUCUUCCUCUCCCUUUUCCUCUUCUCCUUCUUCUCCAGAAUACUCUUCUGCAAAAAAUACCUACUCACUAAAUAACUCAAACAACAGUUUCAACACCAAUACCACUACUACCGCCAUCACCGCAACCACUAGUAAUAAUAACAACAAUCCUCCUCUAUCUAUCUCUUCUCGUUCAAAAGAUUUCGAAGAUCACGAAGCUGCUAAACUUAUUCUAUCUUCUUUAAAAUUCGGCGGUAAUAACAUUAUCCUUAAUGACAAUAACAUUAAUAGCCUCAACACCAACAACACCAACACUGAUACCACCAUUAGCGCUAACACAAACACCGCCAAAAAAACAUCCGUAAACACACCACCCAACAAUCCUCGCAUCAACAACAUCUACAAUUCAACCUAUUUGCCCAAAGAAUCCUUCAAUUGGGAUCCAAAUCAAUCUCUCCCAUCCUACAACUACAACUUGCAAAUCCUGGGCUUGCCCAAAUUCUCAAGGGUUGAGACUCAAAUCAAAGUAACUCUUUCAAUUUCCCCUAAACCAUCUGAAUUCCUUUUGUAUCUCCCAAACGAUCUCAUCGCUAAAAAGAAAUUUUGUUUAGAUGACAACGUCUUUAAUUUACCAAUCAGCAUCAAAUCAAAAAUCCUAUUCCUUGAUUGUUUUGUAAUUUCUCAAUCAAUUAACAACAAUAAUAACAGCAACAACAACAACAACAACAACAACAAUGAAUUAACCGCCGAUACAAAAAAUGAUCUCAUCUCAAUCAAUACAAACAAAAACAACACUGACAAUACAAACCUAAACACCCUCACUAAAACAAACCUAUUUAAAUCUUGUUACAUUUGCUCAAGAUGCAUCAAAAGAGAACUUAAAAGAGCUUCACGAAGAAAAAAUGGUAUCAGCGAAGAUGGUCUAACCUGGAUGGAUACUGCUCACAAAAAGGCAAUCAUCUUCAACUGCAAACAACUAUCAACCUUUAAUUCCCAUUUUCCUCAUUUACAAUCCCAAUCCCAAUCCCAAUCUCACUCCCACUCUCCUAUCACUGCAAACUCAAAAUCAAUAGAUUUGUCUGCUAGAAUCGUUUGCUACUGUAGACACCAUCAAGACUCAAAUGGCUUCAAACUAUUGUUUAUUCUUAAAAACUAUAAAGGUCAAAUUGUUGCUAAAAACUUUUCUGACUCAAUAAUGAUAAUGGAUAGAAAAAAAACAAUCCAAAACUCCUCUUCCUCAAAUAUCAAUCUAAAUAAUGUCAACAACACAAACACUAGCAACAGCAACAGCAACAAUAACACAAAUAUAAACACAAAUACAAACACUAACAGCAACAACAACAACAACAACAACAACAACAACAACAACAACAACAACAAUCAAAUCGUAAAAUCAACUCUAAUUAUCCAAAAAAAUAACUCGAUUAAAAUGCCCAUUCUACCCAACGACAUCAUCCAAAACUCCCUGUCAAAACAUACUUUGACUCCUUUAUACCCAACCGUAUCCAUUAAUACAAAUCUUAAAGAUGAUAAUUCUCUCCCAAUCGAUCAAAAAAAUAUAGAUAAUCUUCCCGAAAAUGACAUAAAUAACAUAAAUAACAUUAUCAAUGAUAUCAACAAUAAUCUUAUGAACAAUGACCUUAUCAAUACAAACAACAUCAACUUGAACAUCAAUAAUAUUAAUGCCAAUCCCAAUACUAAAUCCUUCAAGAGAAACGAUUUACACUCUCCAUUAUUACUAUCCCCUGCGUCCUUUGAGGAUUCUUCUUCAGAGCCUCAUACAACUGAUUCAAGAGCUUUUAAAAGAAAAAGACUAGCUUCUCCAUUCACAGAUUACUACUACUGCAGUAGUAAUACUACUGCAACUAAUACCGUUAGCAAUAACGGUAGCGCUAAAAAUAAUAAAAAUAAUAACAAUAACAAUAACAAUACUCUCAGCUUCAACAAUAACUACAAUCUAAACAUUGCUCCUAAUGCUCGUUCCUCAGACUUUUGUUCUAUAUCCUCAAGAAAUUCUUUCAAUUUAUCUGAUAACAUAAAUAAUCAAAGUAGUCCUUCGAUUUAUAAUAGAUCUCCUAUCACCGAUCAAAGCGCCAUCCUAAAUUUAAAUACUUCUUUUAUUCCAAAAAAUUCUUCUUUUAAUUUUGGCUCCGUUACCUCCCCACAAAUCUCCCCAAACAGAUAUCCAACAAUUCAAAAAGUUAUUCCUGCUGAAGGUCCUUUAAGAGGAGGCAUUGAAAUUACUUUAUUAGGUUGCAAUUUUAGAAAUGGCUUGGAAGUUCGAUUUGGAAAUGUAAAAGCUUUGGGUACUCAUUGUUGGUCCGAUACUACCAUUUUGACUUUUUUACCUCCAUCUGCAAGCCCUGGCCAGGUUCUUGUAACUUUUGAAAAUAAUGAAUUUUUUAACCAGUCACAAUCCUCUUAUGAAACUACUCCAAAACAGCUGCAUCAAGUAUUUACCUACUUGGAUGAUACCGAUAAACAACUUAUUGAACUAGCUCUACAAAUUGUUGGCUUGAAAAUGAAUGGUAAGUUGGAAGAUGCAAGAAAUAUUGCUAGAAGAAUUGUUGGUUCAAAUAAUGAUAACUCAUCAUUCAAAGCUUCAAAUAAUAAUAAUUAUGCUGAUGCAGCUAAUAAUCAUUCUAUUACUCAAUUUUCAAAUGAUGAGGAAGAUAUUUUGCGCUGUAUCGAUAUGUGUUCUUUACCUAGCGCCCCAUCAUCUCCAAACUGGCAAUUGUGCACAAAAGAAUCUCAGACCAUGCUACAUUUAGCAUGUAUAAAAGGUUUUGCUAAAGUUGUUGUCAGUUUGAUCAAUCGUGGUGCUAGAGUAAAUUGCAAAGAUUGCAAUGGUUAUACACCUUUGCAUUUUGCUAGUAUGAUGGGUUACACAAAAAUCAUCAAAUUGUUAUACAAGUGCAAAGCCUCUUUAAAUACUAAAACUGCCAUGGGUUUAUCAAUUAAAGAUGUUAGUAAAGAUAAUGCUACUUUUGAUUUUAUUUCCGAACUUGAAAAAAGCUCCAAACAAAAAAGUAAAAGUGUAUCAAAAUCAAAGUCUCCAUGCUUUAAAGAAGAUUAUGAAGUUCAAACACCCUAUAAUAGAAGAUCCUUUUCUAGGUGCUCUUCUUUAUCUUCUCUUUUUAGUAAAGAUGAUGAUGAGUAUAGAUUACUUUUAUCUAAAAUUAUUAAUAAUGAUGACAAUAAUAAUUCAAAGAACAAGAUGAACGAUGAAGAUACUCUAGAAGAAGAAACUAAUGCCUCUCAUGAAGAUAGCGAUUCAUAUGAAGAUUAUGAAAGUAACAAUAGCGAUAUACAACUUGAUGAGAAUGAAAGCUUACUAACUCCAGAUCCAGCUUUAGAAACAAUAAUAAGCAGAAUUAAAUCUCCAAUUUCUUUCAAUCAUAGUUUUUCCUCUGUUAGUAACUACUCGCCAAAUUCUUCUAAUAAAGAUACUGCUAAACAUAAAUCAAUCUGGAAAAAAGUUAAAAAUGCAUUUUCACCUCAACAAAGUGAUCAAGGAUAUGAAAGCAAUGUGAAUUCCUCUAAUAACUCUGUUGUUGGAGAUCUUCCAAGGUAUGAUGAAAUCUAUCCAAAUGGUGACCCAACAAUCCAAAAACAAUUUACAUUCAUGAGAAAGGAAAUAACAACUCUUUCUGCUCCAGCUCAGAUAACUCGUAAUGAAUUAUCUCCAAUAGUGAUAUCUCAAAGUAAUGAAAGCAUCAAUGAUGAUGAAUCUGAGGAAAAGUUGAAAAACUACUUUAAUCAAAGAACUGGUGUUAGAAAUGAUAAAAUGUUGUUAUUUUUUUGGUUACCUCUUUUGGUUUUGAUUGUAUCUGUUUAUCUUUACUUUAAUGUAACAGAUUCUGAUUAUCAUCAGUCAUACAUUUUUCAAUUUCUUGAAUUUUUUAGAACUCGUUUAGGAAUUAUUAUGCUUGGAAAGGAUCGUGUCAAAGGUGUUUUUGGUACACAUAUUGAGGUAGUUAAUCAAGUUGUCAACACAAUGACUGGAAUUCGAAAUGCAUAA